AUGGUAUUAGUAGUGACGUCAAAGGAUAGUUCAACAACCAUCAACAACAACAAUAAUAAUAUAAAGUCGGUCAAGUUGGCCGAGGAAAACUAUGAUUCCAACAAGGAAAAUAACUUUAACCAAAAUAAUAUUCCGCCAACCCCGCUCACACCAAAACAGUCGGCACCAGUCCCUGUUUUGCCGCCUAGCCAACAACGUCAAACAUCACCAAGACAACAACCAGCUAUUCUGAUUUCCAACACAAAUGUAGUAGCGACAGUUGCAAUUCACCACCAACACCACCACAAUCACCCUCACAACCACCACCAACAAACAUCACAAUUCACCACCAGCAGUUUACAACUUCCAAAUAAUCCAUUUAUAAAUUGUACUGCUUCCGCUUCCUCGAAUUUGGUGGGAUCGACAGGCAGUGGAUCGUCGCAUUCCGACUUCCAUCCAAGACCUUCCAACCACAAGAGAGACAGCCAGCUAUUGAGCAACUCGAUGCCAUCGCUAACCACAUUCUUUAACUCAAAUAACACCAGUCAACUCCAUUCUUCAACACCACCCGCCACCCCAAGGUUCAUUGAGGACGGUCCGCACGACUACAUUGGCAGUCCCGACAGAGUCAGCAACUGUCAGGAGAAGCCAUUCUUGAAAAAGUCGAGAAACUCGCAAACCAUAUUGCGAUUGGAUCAUCUCUCCAUCGACCAAGGCAUUCCCUCACCGCUAUCUCGUUCCACCUCGGAGUUGUCGAUUGCCGACUGCAACGACAACAACACCGACUAUACUAACAGCUUCACCACCUCAUCAAUCACCCGUUCCAAUACAUUCUGUGGAGAGUUCCCAUCGUCUUCCACCAAUCUAAGACGUUCACUCUCGCGUCAACUCGAUUUCUCAGCUCCUCACAUCAACAUUCCCAAUUCGAAUCAUCUACCAUUCACAAGCUACUUGCAACAAUCGAUCUCUUCGCCAUCGUCACCAUUGAUGGCACCAUCCCAAGUCGAACCAUUCUCACUCUCUGCACCAAACACCUUCCUCUUGAGCGGUGCCUAUCCAAGCAGUCCAGAGGCAUCACCCGCCUCCACACCCAUCAAGGAUCAUCAUCUUAACAACAACAACAACGACAGCAUCACUGAUAUCACACCCAUGAAAAUAAUGACAUCGUCAUCAGCAUCACAUUCACAUUUAUCACAUCCAGUAACCCCAAACAUAACAAUGACAAAUGAUCCAUACGAUGUAGACUCACCUAUUUCCUCUUCACCAUCACAACCUUCCACUCCGUUGAUGGAGUUGUUGAACAACUGUGACUUUGCUCAACCACAAUCAUCACCCUACAAAACACCAUCGAAAUCACACUCACACUUUGUUUCGAGAUUCAGCGAUUCCAGCUACAUUGCCACACAAUCACUCUAUCAAUCGUCGGAUUCCAUUCUCAACUUUAAGAAGAGAGGUAGAACCGAUUUGCAAUCUUACAACGGUUUCAUUGCACCAUCGCUACCGACUUCAAAGAGUUUUAUUAACUUUUCAACAACUUCAUCCGAGCUUUGCAAUAGCAACAACAACAUUGUCAACAGCACUAACACCAGCAACAGCAGCAGCAACAACAGCAGCAAUAGCAAUAGUAAUAACAGCACUAAUGCUAACAAUUCGACAACAGUCUCACCCAACACCUGGAAGAAAGCAUCUCCAGAUGUCUCUAAGCCGCUACCAUUCGAAAAGAGUGUAUUUAUUACCAACUCGAAUACCUCGGUCUGUGACGAAACAGAGUAUAACUUAAAAUUGCCAUUAUGUAAUGGCAAACCUGGAUAUAAUAAUAUCACUCCUGAAACUUUGGCAAAGUUAAUGGAAGAUGUAAAAAAUAAUAUUACAGUUGUAGAUUGUAGAUAUACUUACGAAUACAAUGGAGGUCAUAUUAAGAAUGCAAUUAAUAUUCCUCCACAUCACUCUUCUGUCUCUUUGCAAAAGAACUUCUUUGACAAGCCACCAGCCAACAACAAAAGAAUCAUUAUCUUCCAUUGUGAAUUCUCUUCAAAGAGAGCUCCAGAUUGCUAUUCUUUAUUUAGAGAUAUUGAUAGAAAAUCGAAUUGUUAUCCAAAUGUUCACUAUCCAGAGAUUUAUCUUUUGAAUGGUGGAUACAAAAAGUUUUUUGAAACAUUCCCCGAAAAAUGUACAAAAGACUACAUUAAGAUGGAUGACCCAAGAUUCACCAAAGAGAAAAGAAAGGAAGAAGAGAAAAAGAAAAAGGAAGAAGCAAUCAAAUCAAAGCUAGGAAGGUCACAAUCUUUCCAUGGUUAA